AUGGACACCCCAAACCUCAAAGAGAUCCAUGACUUCUUGGUGUCACUGGCCUUCAAGGCCGGGGACAUUAUCAACAAUGCGCUCCCAGAAACCAAUGGCACGGGAUCCAAGAUGAAUAGUGCCGACCUCGUCACGGAGUAUGAUCGAGCUGUCGAGAACAUGAUCUCGACCUCACUGAAGGAGAAAUACCCACACUACGAAUUCCAUGGCGAGGAAACAUAUGACCCAGCACGCCCAUUGACCGAUGCUCCCACCUUUGUCGUAGACCCCAUCGAUGGAACCGUAAACUUCGUGCACGGUUUCCCAUUUGCCUGUGUUUCCCUCGGAUUCGCUGUUGGACGGGUCCCGACUGUGGGGGUGGUGUAUAACCCCUCCACCAAAGCCCUUUACUCCGCCAUUCGGGGCCAAGGCGCCUUCCUCAAUCGUGAAACCCGCCUUCCGCUGAAAGGCUCCAAUAUCGAGCCUCUCUCGGGACUCGCCAACGCUCUGAUUAGCAUUGAAUGGGGCGCUGAUCGUAGCGGAAAUAACUGGGAGACCAAGGUUCGGACAUAUGAGAAGCUGGGCCAGUCCAAGGAGAAAGGCGGGGCUAUGGUGCGCGCGAUGCGGAGCUUAGGCUCUGCCGCGUUGAAUCUGUGUGCUGUGGCAGAUGGCACGCUCGAUCUGUACUGGGAGGGUGGAUGCUGGUCCUGGGAUGUCUGCGCCGGAUGGGUCAUUCUUACAGAAGCCGGGGGCAUCAUGGCCGACGGCAACCCAGGAGUUUGGGACGCUCGUCUUGACGGACGGAAGUAUCUUGCCGUCCGAGGUUCUCCGGGUGGAGCUGGACAAAAGGAGAUGGUGGAGGAGUUUUGGAGCCAUGUUCAAGGUGAACUGAAGUAUUAA